CAAGUUUUAAAAAUGCUCUAGUAGUUGUUCUUAUCUCUAGUUCACAUGCACUCUUUGAUGUGCUGUUCUAAGUUCACCUGUGUUUGUUUUGGAGAGUUAAGAGAGUGUUGAGAUAACGUGACAGGUGUGUAUUGUGCGUGAAAAGAUUUAUCCUUUUCGCUUAUCAAUCCCAUGGAGAGAUAAAAAGAGAGGGCGCAAUAAGGAAAGGUAGGCUGAGGAAUUUAGAGGUAGAAAUACCUGGAGAGAGAAAAAAAAACAAUGGUUUGUGGAGGAUGAAAGAGUGCAGGGCUUUUUGCUGCAGAUCUCACUUUUAUUGUAUUGUUUUGAAGGAGGUUUGAGGGUGAGAACAGGCAGAUUCUCACCUCUCAUCACAGGAUCAAACCUGGAUUCUCCUCACACAGCUCCUCACAUGUUCUGUCACGCUUUACGCUGUAUAUCUUCCUGUGUCAAUUUCAUCAGGAAUGCCUCUCUAAUUAUGCUUUUUCUCUUCCUUUUCCCCUGUAUUUCUGUGUGUGUAAUGAAGCGAGCCACCCAGAGAGAUCCAAGGAAAAACUUGCCGGAAGAAAAAACAAAAGGGGAAACCCUCGUCUCAGGAAGAAUCAUGGACUGAAGACGUGUCUGCAGUUGAAUCUGUGUGUCCGUCUGAGUCGUUAAUGUGUUUAGCUGGAAGGAAAUCAUGUCAGCAGUACAGACCUGGGCCUGUUUCCUCCUCUGGAUCAGCUUCGCCACGCAGGACAAAACCCCAGAUGUCGCUGUGACGUGUGCCAUCUCGGAGGAGUGCGUGCUCCCCUGCAGCUUUGAGCCAGGGAGCAAGGAGACCGUUAAGUGGUACAAACAGGACGUUGUUGUUUACAAGUUUGAGCGGGACAAUGACGACGACGACGACGACGACGACGGUGAUGAUGAUAGCAGCGAAGACCACUUUGAGCAUGAGCAGCUUGUAGGUCGCGCCUCCAUUUUCCCCCACCUGAUAUCCCUUGGGAAUGCCACACUCGUACUUAGAAGGACUAAUCCAAAGGACAGGGGCACGUACAGGUGUCACGUGCACACCUCUGAGGGCGAGCACAAUGCAAAGGUCAUUGUGAAGGUUGAAGCGCCCAUCCGAGCCCUGUCUCUGGAGUUAACGAGGCUCAGCGGCUAUGAGGAGAUGAAGUGCACGGCGCGUGAUGUCUUCCCGGCUCCACGUGUAACCUGGACGACCGAACCCCAGACUUUCGAGGACCUCCGACCAGUCACACGCAUACAGUCAGACAAACAGGGGCUGUACAUGGUGGACAGCCGCCUCAGGAGGUUAAAAGGACAACCUGACCUCAUCUACAUCUGUAGAGUCACGACUUCCUACGGUGGCCCAGCAUGGACCGCCUCACUCAGGGAAAGAGAAAUGAAAGGAAGUCAAGGGAGAGACCUGACCAUCCCCUGCUUUGCCCCUCCUUACCUGAACAACCCCUUGCUCCACUGGACUUUCACCAACAGUGAGGACCCCUCCCACAUCUUUACCUAUGACAGCCAUUCCGGGAACAGCGCCUCCUCGCCGCCAUGGGAAAACCACGUUGAGCUGGAUGGCAUGGUCAUGUUCGGAGACGGCUCCCUGCGCCUGAUGGACCCCAAGCACACGGAACACACGGGAAGCUACAUAUGCGUGUUCUCUGUGCCGUUCAGCACUCACACCGAACGCACUGAUGUCACCAUCGACGGUCCUGCGGCUGACCGAAGUACUUCAGCGAAGGUGUCUCAUUGGUGGAUUGUGGGUCUCAUCAUCGCAUUGCUGAUCCUCGCUCUGGCUGGCAUUCUCGCCUUCAAGAAGCUAAAAGGAGGAAACUCAAAAGACAGAAACGACCCAGAAGAAGUGACAGAGCUGCGUUUAGUUAAAGACUCGGCAGCCGACAGUCACCUGAACGACAGCAGCCCUUUGAAUGUAGGCGGCACGAACGGACAAACAGGCCUGCAGAGUGAUGCUUCGUUAACAUGAGAACCAACAACCUGGAAAAACCUAUAACUAACGAACUACUAACAAAACAAAAACGCACACAGAUACACACUGACAAGGAACUAACGGCUUCUUAGAAACAGGAUGUUUCUUUAAGAGCAAUUUCUUCUAAAUUAUUAAAGUAUACACUUAAGAACUGCUAGUUUGUCGAAAA